GGGGAGCGUAAAGCGUGUAACACCAGGCUGGUUAGCUAUGAGGCUAGCUGGCGCUGUGUAAAGCCGGGUUUAAACCAGGUAAACUUCGCUUUCAGCGCCGCUGAGGAGCUGUAAAUCUCAGCCCAGCUCCACGGAGCCGCGCCGCGUUUCACACACUGGAGCAGGGUGUGAGGCCGAGGCAUGGCUGGCCGGAUUCCCCUCAUCCUGUUGGCAUGUGGCUCCUUCAACCCCAUCACCUACCAGCAUAUGAGACUCUUUGAGCUCGCCAGGGACCACAUGCACCAAACAGGUCUUUAUCAGGUGGUGGGUGGAAUUGUUUCCCCAGUUGGUGAUGAAUAUGCUAAACAGGGACUGGUUUCAUCACAACACCGACUGGCCAUGGCCAGACUGGCCCUGCAGAGUUCAGACUGGGUCACUGUGGACGACUGGGAAAGUCGACAAGCUGACUGGACAGAGACUGUGGUCACUAUGAGGUACCACCACAACUGCAUGGUAGAGAAAUGCUGGCCAAGCACGAAAGCCACACCCCCAGAACAAACUCUUGCUUCUGGUCCUUCCCAGCUGAAGCUGCUCUGCGGUGCUGAUUUCCUGGAAACGUUUAAAGUUCCAGGCCUGUGGGCGGACGAGCACAUCGAGGAGGUGGUGGGCCGCUUCGGCCUGGUGUGCGUGAGCCGCGGUGGGCUGCAGCCGGAGAGGACCGUGCACGAGUGCGACCUUCUUCAUAAGCACAAGCGCAACAUUUUCUUGGUGCGGGAAUGGAUCCGCAACGAGAUCAGCGCCACCGAGGUCCGCCGAGCCCUUCGCCGAGGCCUCAGCGUCAAGUUCCUCAUCCCAGACAACGUCAUCGACUACAUCAGAGAGCACAACCUGUACACGCCGACCAGCGAGCUGAAGAACAAAAACAUUAAACUGCGGCCCUUCACCAAGCAGCAGCCGGUGCUGGACUGAACCUGAUGCAGGGAUGGAGGAGGUGCUAUACUGUAUUAGGUUGAGUAAUAGGUUGAAAUCACCAUUCAGCUACAAGUUCACUGUGUGGUAGAAUCAAGAUUCAUUACUUACAGGUGAAAAAAAAUAUAAUUAUAUCAUUGAAAUAUCAUUGAGUUACUUUAUUUCAGUAAUUCAGUUCAAAAUGUAAAAAUUAUAUAUUAUAUAGAUGUAUUAAACACAGAGUAUAAUUAUGGCUUACAGCCAACGAAAACCCAAAAAUCAGUGUCUCAGAAAAUUUGAAUAUUAUAUAAGACCAUUUGGUACUUUUGGCAGUGUGGGGAGUGUGACAAAUCCUGCUGGAAAAUGAAAUCCGCAUCUCCUUUAUAAAAGCAGAGAGAAGCAUUAAGUGUUUUCCGGGAAAACAAAACUGCACUGACUUUAGACUUGAUAAUAAAACACAGUGGAUCAACACCAGCAGAUGACAGACAUGUCUCUCCAAACCAUCACUGAUCAUCAAUAAAUUUUUGUAUUUCAUUUGUAAAUCAAGAGACCAGAGUCUGGAGUCUAGUGUGAAGUUAGUAAUCCACAAAUAGUGAUGGUUUGGAGAGACAUGUCAUCUGCGGAUUUCAUUUUCCAGCAGGACUUGGCAGCACACUGCCAAAAGUACCAAUUGGUCUUAAAUUAGAUUUUAAUUUUCUGAGACACUGAUUUUUGGGUUUUCAUUGGUUGUAAGCCAUAAUAAUCAUCAACAAUAAAAGAAAGAAACAUUUAAAAUAGAUUAUUCUCUGUGUUUAAUACAUCUAUAUAAUGUGUGAGUUUCACAUUUUCAGCUGAAUUACUGAAAUAAAUUAAAUACAUUCUUUUGAGAUGCACCUGUAUUUUGUGAUUGUGCACACUAUUCUGUUUUUAAUCACUAGAUACAAGUACCAGAGUAUCAUGUUUAUUUUCUUAGAAACAAAUCACAUUGCACUUUUGCACAUUCUGGCAUAUUCAUAAUGAGAUGUUCAUAUAAUACAAAGGGAAUCCAAUAUUUUCAUAUGUUGUGGAGACAAUACAAUAUAUAAUAAAGACAAUAAGUGUUGCAAAAAAUUAAUUAGGUUUU